GUGUGUGUGUGUGUGUGUGUGUGUGUGUGUGUGUGUGUGUGUGUGCGUGUGUGUGUGUGAGGGAGGAAGGAGGGGGCUUGCAGCUGGGUUUGUUUAUCGUCGUGCAGUUGCAGCGUUGCUCAUAAGCCAACGAACUUUGAUUGUGGUGCCAUCUGUCACCAUCCAUCACUGCUGCGUAAUGCAUUUAACAUUCUGCACGCUGUCGCAGAAGGUUUUCUCCUGGCCUCCGUUCAAGAAGAAGAGGAAGAAGAAGAAGAAGAACACGCCGGGGAGUGAGGGGAGGUGCCGGGAGACUUUCUACACACUGUGUAAUUAAGCUUUUUGACUGACAGCGGAGUGCCAAAAGGCGCAGACGCAUUCCGAUUGGCCGGGGCGCGCUAUACAAUCUGCUCUUGUUCCCAAGCCCCGCACAGGCAGAGCACUCCACCUCCCCAAACUCUCACAGGACGCACCAGAGGAGCGCGACGAGGCUGCAGCCAGAGGACAGAGCCUGUGGACUUUACCCAAAACCAGACACUCAACCCGCGCGUCGCCCGGGGAGCUCAGCCUGUCCUCUACCUUUGUUUCUGGGUACGGCUCUGCAUUUCUCCAUGAAGUGUUGACUCGUCUGUCUGAGCCGCGCUGAGUUGCAUUCAUUGUGUUGCUGCAGAAAGAAAACAUGAGGUGUGCUUCGGAGUCGUUGUGCAGGAUGAUGCGUCUGGCGGUGACAGUGGCGCUGGUGUCGGCGUGCAGAGCGUCAGAGUACGAGUACCUCAGCUGGAAGUCGGACAUGUACACCGGCGGGCGCAGCUACGGCAAGCCGCCCCAGUGCGUGGACAUCCCGGAGGACCUGCGGCUCUGUCACAACGUGGGCUACGACCAGAUGCUGCUGCCCAACCUGCUGGAGCACGAGACCAUGGCGGAGGUGAAGCAGCAGGCCAGCAGCUGGGUGCCCCUGGUGCAUAAGAGCUGCCACCCGGGCACGCAGGUCUUCCUCUGCUCGCUGUUUGCGCCCGUGUGCCUGGAGCGGCCCAUCUACCCGUGCCGCUGGCUGUGCGAGGCCGUGCGGGACGGCUGCACGCCCAUCAUGGAGUCGUUCGGCUUCCCCUGGCCGGAGAUGCUCACCUGCGACAAGUUUCCCCAAGACGACGUGUGCAUUGCUAUGACGCAGCCCAAUGCGACCGAGGCCACCAUGCCGACAGGUAAUUCACACCUGGCAGGUUACUCUCCAAUCUGCCCUCCAUGUGACAAUGAGAUGAAAACAGACGCCAUGCUGGAGCACAUGUGUGCCAGCGAGUUCGCUUUCAAGACCAAGAUCAAGGAGGUGAAGCGGGAAAACACGGACCGCAGGGUGACCCUGCAGAAGAGGAAGAAGAUGUUGAAAGCGGGGAACCUGAAGAAGAAGGACAUGAAGGCGCUGGUGUUGUACUUGAAGAACGGCGCAGACUGCCCCUGCCAGCAGCUGGACAACCUGGGGAACCAGUACCUAAUCAUGGGCCGCAAGGUGGACAAGCAGUACCUCCUCACGGGCAUCCACAAGUGGGACAAGUCCAGCAAGGAGUUCAAAAAGGCCAUCAAGAAACUCAAGACCUACAAAUGUCCCGCCUUCGAGAACGUCUUCAAAUAAUACGACCCCCCCCCUCCUGUGGUCACAUCUCAUCCUACAUAUGAACUUGCACAAGCAUUAAAAUCCCAAACUUUGCUUUCUAUUGUCCUGUUUAUAUAUCUAUAUAUCUUUGUAUAUUUACAGAUAUACUUUGAAACGUCCAUUGUUAACUUUUAGUCGAUUGUGGUGAGUGAUGACUCCACAAAUAAGGGUUUCCUUUCUUCUUCUUCUUCUUCUUCUUCUUCUUCUUCUUCUUCUUCUUCUUCUUCUUCUUCUUCUUCUUCUUCUUCAGAAAAGGACGUUGUAGUAAAAGCCCUUCCUCACUGAAUGCUUCAUGUGUGUAGAAACCUUUGUACGCUUCCAUUCAACAGGUCAGUGGAUUCUUCUUAAAGGGAUAGUUGGACAUUUUGGCUCAAUGAGAAAGUCAGUAGGCGGCUAGCUUAGCUUAGCAUAAGUUCUAGAAGAACAGCUAGACGGUCUUUUCCAAUAAAUAAAACCGAUGAAUUAGUUUUUGCUUCAGAUGAAACAUUUUGAACACGUGUUGGUUAGUGAGCGAGGUUUAGCCGGCUGCUUCAAGUCUUUAUGCUAACGUGAGCUAACCAUCCGCUAGCUUCACAUUUAGCGUACAGAAAUGAAACUCAAGCAAGAAAAAUGUUCAACUAUUCUUUUCCAUCGGUGGUUGUGAUCAUAUAAUAAAUGAUGAAGCAGUGAUUAGACGACCUGUUGAAUAACUUAUCGACAGACGUGUGAGCGCUGCCGUCAGCUGAUUGUUUCAAACUAAAGACUGCACUACCAAUCAUUCUGAUCGCUUCUUUAUUCCAUUCUUACAUUUAUUUUUAUUACUUGAACACUCUUAAGAGAAUAACCUGCAUCACGAGAUGUUUCUUGUGUGUCACCUGACCUUCUGUCCCUGCAGUAGUCAGUGCUCAUCACUAAUGUAGUCGUGUUUAAAAGUGUCAAAGUUAUCAAAGUGAAAAUAUUGUUUUAGUUUUCUUGCUGGUCUGUUUUAGCACUAGUGUUUCAGAUUUGAAUGUCAGCGGUGCAUUGCUGCCUGUUACAUGUACAUACACAUUUUACAUAAAUAUGGAAAACUGAA